AACAAGAUCACAAAUGACUAUAUUUAGGCUUACAUAUUGAGAGAAUUUGAUGAGUCAAAGUGCUUAGAUGAAUAGUUUCAAAAGUCAAAAGUGGACGAAUAUAGCGGGACCGAGGUUGUGUUUUCACGUCAGAGAGCCCAGCUUUUUGUUUCGUCAUUUACUGCCAUUUUUUCCAAUGAUCGAUCUACCCCCACACACCAAUCAAUCAUGCGGUCGCUUCAACCGGCACAUUCCGCUCCAUCGGAGUUUUCUUCUCCGCCGCCGCCCUCAUCUUCCCCAGCAGCGAAUCGUAAUCGUCACCGGCGGAAACCCGAUCUAACCCUUCCUCUUCCUCAACGUGACCCUAGAUUAGCUGUACCUCUUCCUCUCCCUCCCACCUCGGCCCCGUCUCCGGCCUCGGUGUUACCAUCCUCGUCUGAUCUAUCGACUCCUCUCACCUUCUCCGAGCUGGAGCGCAUCAACCGCAUCGGGAGUGGGAGCGGCGGCACGGUCUACAAGGUCCUCCACCGUCCGACGUGCAAAUUCUAUGCUCUGAAGGUGAUUCACGGCCACCACGAGGACUCCGUCCGCCUCCAGAUGCGUCGCGAGAUCGAGAUCCUCCGCGACGUCGACCACCCCAACGUGGUUAAAUGCCACGGUUUGUCCGAUCACAAUGGCGAGAUUCAAGUCCUCCUCGAGUACGUGGACAGAGGAUCGCUGGAAGGGACCCACAUGCCUCACGAACCCUCCCUCUCGGAUCUCACCCGCCAGAUUCUCUCCGGACUCUGCUACCUCCACCGACGGAGGAUUGUUCAUCGGGACAUCAAGCCCUCCAAUUUGCUCAUCAAUUCGCAGCGCAAGGUGAAGAUAGCCGACUUUGGGGUCUCGAGAAUCCUCGCACAAACAAUGGAUCCCUGCAACUCCUCCGUUGGAACCAUCGCGUACAUGAGCCCAGAGAGGAUAAACACAGAUCUGAACCAGGGACAGUACAAUGGUUAUGCAGGGGAUAUAUGGAGUUUGGGAGUGAGCAUUUUGGAGUUCUACUUGGGGAGAUUCCCCUUCAACGAUGGAAGGCAAGGGGAUUGGGCUUCCCUCAUGUGCGCCAUUUGUAUGUCGAAACCGCCUGAGGCGCCACCCACAGCUUCAAGAGAGUUUAGAAACUUCAUCUCCCUCUGCUUGCAGAGAGAUCCAGAGAAACGGUUGACGGCUCUGCAGCUUUUAAGCCACCCCUUCAUUUUGCAAAACAGUUCGGGAAGCACUAAUAGUCAUGGAAUUCCCAAUCACAUUCCUCGAACACACCACCAAUCGCUACCUCCCCCGCGCCCUCAUUUCUCUUCUGCUUAAUAUUCUUUCAGAUUUGUGAUCUUUUUGUGUAAUUGUAUCAUGGAAGUGAGUGACUAAUUGCCCAAAGGCCAAAGUGGUGGGCGAUCUAAGGGGAACACAAAAUAGAGAAACACUUAUCAUUUGGAUUCACAAUAACAGGUUUAUAUCUAACUUGAGGCUUUUGUUUCCUAUGAAUCUCUUUGUUUUUUUUGUUGCAGAAAUAAGCAAAUGUGCACUUCUUAGGCAUCAAGCAGCAUUCACACAAUCUGCAUAUAAGCAUUUGUUUUGUUACCAUUUUGAUGGGAAAUUCACCACUGUAUCUGUAAUGAAUGGUGUUAGGAAUGAAAAUCUUUGUCAUGACUGAACUGUCUCACCAUAAACAAGAAUGGGAAAAGGCAGAUAUCAUCAACUCAAGCAUACACAUAUAUUAUUUUUUUUAAAAAAAGAAAAUCUGAUAACUGAACCCUGGAAUAAAGGGAAGUGAGGAUACAAAGAAAACAUCAUGGACCUAACAAUGGCUAUGGUGAGAACUAGAAACUGUAAAGAAAGACAUUUGUUGUUGAACCUUGAAGAGAAGAAGGGGAGACCCAAGAAACAGAGUGGAGAGAGUCCGAGAUUGAGUGCUGGUGUGAAUCGUGGGACUGUGUAAGUUGAGAUAUAUUGAGAGUGAGUAAAGAUGUAAAACAAAUACUCUUUGGCCCAAAUGCAAAUGUCUAAUUGGACAUAGGAUUUGUAUAAAUAUUUUUCUAAUUAUAGACAACACUACUAAAACGGUCUGGUAUUUUUUCAGUUUUGAACAGUCAAGACUGGUUAUGUACCCACUCUUAAUGGUACGGUCCUGGUUCAGGAGGAAAAUAAAAUGAUUGUAUUUAAAACUCUUUUUCGGUUUGGUACUACAUUGGACUGUUUUGGUAACAAUU